AUGGAUCUCACGAGCUCAGGGUCGUCGACCGGUGCAAGCCCGACUGGUGCAAUUCGCACACGAAAUAAGACUGCGCCUGGGGCGAUCGCGAAGAGAGCAUGCGACCAGUGCAAGUUCCGCAAGAUCAAAUGCAGCUUGUCGCAACCAUGCAAGGCCUGUCAGUCGAUGGGGUUUGACUGCACAUUCCUUCAGCCGCAGAAAAAGCGCGGGCCAACCGGGCAUCGCGUGUCGCAAAUCCGACAGCAACAAACUCCUAUCAUCCCCAGAAGCUCAUCAGAAUCUUCGCUAUCGAAACAAGAUGCUUUUCAAUAUCACGUUCCAACAACGGAGGCGGGCCAGUCCGUUCCUAUGGCGGGAACAUCCUGGGCACCUCCUCACGGGGAAGUCACGAUGCCCAUGAAUGGACCAGCCGGGGCCGGUCCUUCGCCUACAUUAGUAGAUGCUUGGGGAAACGAGACACCGUCCUUGGACUCUACCAGCAUCGGCGCGGUGGGCUGGACCGACCGCCCCGAUGUGGAAUAUUGGCUUCCCGACCAUCUGGGCGCCCAGGUCCCCGUAUUCGAAUUCCCUGGAAGCAACAUCUAUCUCAAAUCUUCUUUGCCGUCUAUUAUUCAACCAGUGCCUGAUGUGUUAGCCAUGCAUAUGCCCCAGCAGGAAGAGCACGGAAUACCCUUCUCGCCAGCGGUGGGGUCGAUGCAGUCCGGAAGCCAUGACGGAGGCGAUGAAUUCUGGCCAACUUCAAUCAAUGAAGCGAACAUGGUACCCUGGAUCGACGUCUAUUUUGACCGACUACACCCGACUCUCCCGUUGCUGAGUCGGUCGUCCUUGUUCACACGGAUGUUGUGUCAAGAGCAUCGCAAAAAUCCCCAAUUCGGAUCAAUGAUACUCUCACUAUGUGCAUUUUCUUUAACGCAGCCAAUCGAAAUCAACGAACGUGCGACAACCUCAUCGCGUGCUACACAAGCACGGUUGAUGAUGGACGAGGCCACCAGAAUGCGGAGCUGCUCCGACUUCGGUGAACAUCCCACUAUAGAAGCCGUCUUAACAAGCUUCUUCCUAUUUGGUUGUCUAUUUGGAAGUAACCAGCACAAUGCUGCAUGGCUUCGCUUGCGGGAAGCCCUGGACCUUGCGUCUACAUUGGGGCUAAAUGAUCCCAAUUUAUAUCAGGAUUUAUCUAGCGAUGAGAAAGGCCAGCGUCUGCGCACAUAUCUCGUCUUAUCAAUCACAGAAAGAGCCUAUGCACUUCAGCGGUUACACCCGGUGACAUUCUCGGGGAAGCCAGGUUUCAGCAUGCGUUCCGUGCACGACUUUCUCCACAAUGCAACGCAUAGUCUUGUCUCCGGCAUCAUCGUCCACAACGAGAAUGAUGCCGAAGGCAUGAUGGGAUUGGCGCGAUUGAUGGAAUUAUUCGACGCCAUCGACGAAGACUUCAUCUGUUGCUGGAAUCGACGCUGCGACCUCACCAACGGCUUUUGCCAAACAUUCACUGAAGCCAAGGCAUUAUCGAUGCAUGCUAGCCUUGACCGGAUCAGCCAAGCUGAACGGUACAAGGGAUACGACUGGUUUGAGCGAGCGAAAGAGGACCGGAAUGACAACAAUGCCCUGCUCUCGAUUGGCUUGCGAGAAACGCAGGCCGCAGACGUCUUCGUCACCCAGAAAUGGCUUCAGAACCGCGUAUGGCUCUCAUGCCUGAAUCACGGUCUCCUCAGAACCCAUUCCGAGCGGCCCGAGCUAACUUUCGGCUACGCGGUGUCCAUUGCAGAAUCAACACUUCAGCUUUGUCGGUCAUUACGACUAAGCUCCUUGGAGGCUCAUGGGAUAGGACAUACUGAAAAGAUGUACGAUAUCGCUGUUACGGCAACCGAUAUUCUCUGUAACAUCAGUCCGCCCUUCGGGACAGGAAUGACACCUCUGGGCAACUUUUCUGAAACAACAUCUGCAACCUCCACUCCACAGAGCCUCGCUGAAGACUUCGUGCUGUUGCUGAGCAGCUUCCGAGGAGGCAAUCAUCCAUUCUUGGAGAAGUACAAAACCCACCUCCGCUCACUACGAAUUCCGGGGAGUUGGUCCCAGCAAUGACUUUGGCCCCAUCGUGUGUGAAUAAAUGAUGCCAGUAUGAAACGAAAUGUAC